GAAUAAAUAUAAACACAACUCCAAUAUGUACUAAGUACGUUUGCACCGUAGAUUACUAGUUUCCAAAAAAAAUGAAUCGAGAUAAGAAGGAUUGGGUUCGUAGCAGAGAAAGGAGCAGGGAUCGAGACAAGGGGAGAGACAGAAGUCGAGAUAAAAGUAGAGAUCGCGGCAGAAAAAGAAGCAGAGAUAGAGAUGAGGGCAAGAGUAAAAAUUGUGAAAAGAGUAGCAAAAUGCCAGACAAACGUGAUCACAGCAAAAGUGAGAAAAAGAAAAAGAAAUCCAAACAGAAAGAACACAAAAAACAUAAAAGAUCAUCAUCAUCAUCUUCAACUUCAUCAAUGUCGUCUGUGUCAUCAGCAGGUUCGAUCGAAUCAUUAAAAUUACAACAAAAAUUGUACAAACAGAGAUUGAAGCAAGCUGAAAAGAAGAAAAAGGAAAAAGAAUUAAUGAAAAUGAAAGAGACGCCUGAGGAAAAGAGACUCAGAAGAUUAUUAAAGAAGGAAGGCAAGGAACGUAAGAGAAAGGAACGCAUGGGCUGGGAUAAUGAUUACUUGCACUAUACUAACACAGACAAUCCUUUUGGGGAUGGACAACUGCUUCAGCCUUUUGUUUGGGGAAAGAAAUUAGAAAAAGAGGGGCUAUUAGAAGUAACUCGAGAUGAACUCGAAAUGCGAAACAGAUACAAACAAGAAGAAAAUAAAAGAGAAUUAGAAAAGGUUAAGAAAAGAAGACAGGAACGUGAAUUGCAGAGAAAACAGCGUGAGGAUGAGGCAGCGCUGGAGCAGAGAGGAAAGGAAGCUGCCCAACUGGAGCACUGGCAUCAGCAAGAAGAUCAAUUUCACUUGGAGCAAGCAAGACUCAGGUCUCGCAUCAGAAUACAGGAUGGACGUGCAAAACCAAUUGAUCUCCUUGCAAAGUACAUCGGAGCUGAAGAUGAGGUAGAUGCUAUUGAAAUGCAUGAACCUUACACUUAUUUGAGAGGCUUGCAAAUAAAAGAUCUUGAAGAUCUCAUAGUCGAUAUAAAAGUGUACAAAGAACUAGAACGUGGCAAAAAUCUUGAUUAUUGGACUGAUAUCACCAUCAUUGUGGAGGAUGAGUUACAAAAAUUAAGAAAAUUACAGCAAUCUGAUUAUCAAGUCGCGGUUGGAAGACGUGAAGGUAUUAAUGAGUCAGUUGCAGCUGAAGUAACAUCUAUUUUUAAAGGAAAAACAGCUGCUGAGCUAAAAAAAUUACAAUCCCAAAUUGAAGAGAAAAUUAGAAGUAAAGUUGAGGGUUUAGAUAUUGGAUAUUGGGAAAGCUUACUAUCUCAACUAAAAGCUCACAUGGCUAGAGCAAGACUACGAGAUCGUCAUCAAGAAAACCUGAAAAAGAAACUAAAUAUUUUGAUGGCUCAACAAGGAGUGGCAAAGACAGAAACUGAGGCUGGUACAUCCAAAGAAGAAGCGACGAAAGAUGAGAAUCCUAGUGCUUCUGCAGCUGCAUUGGAUGAAAGUCAAUCAGAGGAUGAGUUUGAUGAAGCAGGAUCUUACUCUCCAACAUAUAUUGCUCCAUCAGAUUUAGAACCAGGAACCCUCAUCACAUUAGAGGAUGACGAUAUCAAACGAUUGGAAUUUGCAAGGAAUCAAGUCAUCAGUACAGGACGAAAAGUGCAAAGUGUUUUAUCAGCAGAAGAACAAGCUAUGCGGAGAGAAGUUAGUAAAAACAUGGAUUCAGACGAAGCACAGUUUAGUGUUGAAUCAACUUUGGAAGCUCAAGUUUAUCUAUGGUCUGACAAGUACAGACCUAGAAAGCCAAGAUACUUUAACCGGGUUCAUACUGGAUUUGAAUGGAACAAAUACAAUCAAACUCACUAUGAUAUGGAUAAUCCACCACCAAAGAUUGUUCAGGGAUAUAAAUUUAAUAUUUUUUACCCUGAUCUCAUCGACAAGCAUACCACUCCAGAAUAUUUUUUGACUCCCUGUGGCGAUAAUAAGGACUUUGCCAUAUUGAGAUUCAAAGCUGGCCCCCCUUACGAGGAUAUAGCUUUCAAAAUAGUGAAUCGUGAGUGGGAAUACUCGUACAAAAGAGGAUUUCGAUGCCAAUUUCAUAACAACAUAUUUCAACUUUGGUUUCAUUUCAAGCGAUAUCGUUACAGGAGAUAGUUAUUUCUUUCAAAAUUGUGUAUAUUUGUACAUAAGUUACGUAUUAAAUAUCUAUUUUAUUU